AUGUUCCAUGAUCAUCGAUCUCUUGGGAGGCUUGUACUAAGAAAGGGUAUUUUGAGAAAGAUCCGACGACUACCUGCCGUUCUGUACCUAGACUCUCGAAAAGAAGGUAGCGCAGAGUUGGAAGCUUUGCUCAGAGAAACCUAUGGGCUACCGCUGGUGGCGUUUUAUGUGGAUAAAAUUGGUAAGCCACAAUUGGCUCAGAAAAAUCUGCAGCAUUUAACGGCCCAUAAAGGCUUGCCAUAUCUUUUUAUUUGUGGCACAUUUAUAGGAAGCGAACAACAUAUCCAAAAUUAUCAUAAGAAUGGACAAAUUCCUCAACUAGUUGAAUACGUGUGCGGAGACGAAAAGAAGAAGAAGAGCAAGGCUAAAAAGACGUCUUCUUGA